UGUCCGGUCCCCUCUGACUGUCCUUUGCUGUGGAGCUACUAGGCCGCCCCCGGAUCCGGCGGAAGGAGAGGAGGCGCAGAUUUUUCAAGGUCCCCUGCAAGCUAGGUGAGAGCGGGGACUUAGAAGACCCCGCACGACUCUGUGACCGAGCCCGCGACCGCAAUGCCCAAAGACUGGGACAAGGAUGUCUACCCAGAGCCGCCGCGCCGCACGCCGGCGCCCGACCCGAUCACGUCGCUGCCCAACCCGGUCACCUUCCUGACGGAUGCCUUCCACUUCAUCGUGGACCUGCCUGUCACCUACUUCCGAGAUUUUGUGACGGAGCAACAUUUGAAAAACAGGACUUAUUACUAUCAUCGUCACUAUCGCCGAGUACCAGACUUAACAGAAUGCAAGGAAAAGGAUAUUUUAUGCAUGUAUGAAGCAGAAAUGCAAUGGAGAAGAGACCAUAAAGUCGAUCAAGAAAUUGUCAAUAUUGUCCAGGAAAGAAUGAAGGCCUGUCAGCAGAGAGAAGGAGAAAGCUUCAAACAGAACUGUAUGAAGGAGAUUCAAGAGUUCUAUGAUGUUGCAAAAGCUUAUCAGGACCGAUAUCAUGAACUUGGAGCCAAUGCAACUGCCCGGAAAUGUCUUGCAAAGCAGAAGCAACGGAUGCUUGCUGAGAGGAAAGCUGCUAAGGAGGCAGCUGCUGCCUGACUUGUGGAAAUCUUGUUAGGAUCCAGAACAUUGUUUUCUGUGAUCCUAAUUUAUCCCAAUAAAAGUCUUUGCAGUUA